AUGACUGACGGUGAGGAUACUCCUACCUCCGCUGCUACUCCGACCACGGUUGUCAACGCCUACCACCCGUCGUUGGGUGUUACUAAUAUCCAUGGCCUUGUCUCUCUUGCCCUUGAUGUUAAUAAGGAUGAAAAGGCUACAGCUAUGGUGGCUUGGGAUAACCUACGCAACUUUUUCCAGGAUAACAGGGGCAGUCGGGUUGUCCAUCUUGAUAACCGUUUUGGCUCUAUCAAACUCAAGAAUUGUGCGACUCUGGAUGAUUACCGUUCGGAGUUGAAGGAUGUUUCCGACCAGUUGGCGGCAAUUGGCCACCCUAUCUCGGAGGAACGAUUGGUUCUCAAGUUGGCUGCAAAACUUACGCCGGAGUACAGGACGAUGGGGACGUUGAUUCAGCAAAGCAAUCCUUUUCCCUCGUUUGUCGAGGCAUGCUCCAUGCUUGAUCUUGAACGGCGCACCCGCGAAGAGAAUGACGACGUCGAGUCUGCUCCACCGACUGCUUUGGUGGCGGCGGCGGCGGCCAAUGUAUCCGCGUACCCAGUGGCUGCUCAACCUAACUCCGGUGGCGGUAAAGGGAAAGGAAAGGGGAAGAAAAAAUGGAAUAAUAAAAACUCCGGUAAGAACUCAGGCAAUAACAACCGUGGGAAUCAAUCCUCUCAAAACAAUUAG